GGACAGGCUGCCUCUGAGUGGUGACAAUGGCCGGCGCGGUGUCGCUCCCGGGUUUGCUAGGGUUGCUGUUUGUGUCGGCGCUGGCGGGGGUCCUCGGAGAGCGCCCCGGCGCCGACCACCGGGCACACGCAGGGGCCACGGAGACUCGGCGGCGACCGUCGGCCAGGGAGCAGCGCGAGCGGCCCCGAGCCGAGGCGCUGCCCUGGGGGGCGCUCUACACCGCGGCCGUCGUGGCUUUUGUGCUGUACAAGUGUUUGCAGAGGAAGGAAGAGGCCGCUGUGCUCCAAGAAGAGGCAGGCAAGAAGGCGGCAAGACAGUCAGAGCAACAGCUGGCCCAGUUGACCCAGCAGCUGGAUCAGACAGAGCAGCACCUGAAUAGCCUGAUGGCCCAGCUGGACCCUCUUUUUGAGAGGGUGACCACUCUGGCAGGAGCCCAGCAGGAACUGCUAAACACGAAGCUACGAACCUUCCAGCAGCUGCUGCGGGAGAAGCAGGCGGAGGAGCGGGGGACACCCCUGGAGCCAGGUACAGGGUUGGGAGAGGCUGGCAUUCCCUCUCCCGAGGAUUUGAAUGUAGCAGAAGACCAGGAGGAAGCAGGUGACAGUCAGGUGUUGGAGGACCCUACAACCUGGAGCAGCAACACAUGGAGCCUAGCUACCCCCCAGGAAGUGGCACAGGGGCUAAGAAGACGACGCAGCCAGGUUGCAGCCUGAAAGGGCGGGCACCGAAGGUUUGUUAAAACACAGACUGUUCUUGUGACCAGAGGCCCCUGCGUGCUUUUCCCAGCAUAGCCUACUGUACAUGCACUUGUGUGAGGUGCCCAAGGACAAGAGGCCCUUCUGGAAAAGCUUCCCUUAUUCGGGCAGAGAGCGGCCCCCUUCCAGCGGGAAGCAGAGCCGACAGAGGGAGCUCCAGAUCUUUUCACUUAGGCGAGCCAGCCUCCAGAGCACAAAACUCCCAGGUGUGUCAGCAACAGAGACACAAAGGCCUUCCCCUCCCAGAGAAAACUUUAUUAACACUUGAGAAAAUAAAUUAUAGAAACGAUUUAUACUAUAAAACAGUCAUGUAUACAAAGCUGUGACCUUAAUAAACAGCUGGCCACAGAUGUAGCACCAAGCAUAUCAAUGCCAAGUCCCAUGGUCCAUGGUGGAACCUCAGUGGAAGUUCGCUUGGUCAGACCUGGGCUCUUGGUUCAGAAGCACUGACCAGAGGACCCAGAGUAGUCCAGUCCCAAAGUAGCUCAGACCCAGGAAACCACGAAGAGGUCUGUGUGUUGUGCAGUGCUGACGAUCACGUGGUACUCCUGGCCC